UGGACAAGACAGCACAGUUACCGAUCGGUUUCUUCUUGAAAAGGUAUGUUUAAUGGCGUAAAACAUCAGUGAAACGUUCUGGCAAUUCUGCUUUUCGUAACUUGAACCGAUCGGUUUCUUCUUGAAAAGGUAUGUUUAAUGGCGUAAAACAUCAGUGAAACGUUCUGGCAAUUCUGCUUUUCGUAUGUUUAAUGGCGUAAAACAUCAGUGAAACGUUCUGGCAAUUCUGCUUUUCGUAACUUGAAAGUGCAGCGGCUGAGCAGAAAAAUUGAGCAUUGGUAUAUGUUAUCGCAUGGGAUUAAGUAUUAACUUCACGCUAUUUUCAAAGUUUUAAUAAGUAACGAGUGCGAUCUGGAAAACUUUGAAAAUACAAGUGAAAUUAAUCUGUAAUUGCCCGUGGGCACAUUGCGAUUACAUGUUUGUAAAUAAAUAAAUAAAUAUCCUUUAUUUACCCUCGGCAGUGUUUAUAGCACAAAGGCUAGUGGGGCCGAGCAAAUAUUAGAAACAAAUAGUCGUAAAUUAAACAUAACAAGGUUAAAAACCCCAACUGGCAGGAGGCAAACCAGCUGGCUUUUUACAAGCGUGGCCGAGGAGUUGAACUCGGGAGUACCGUGAAGCAACUCCAGCUAGUGGUCAGUAAAGACGAGUAGGUGGUUCGGUUAGCAACUAAAUAUUCAUUUGACUAAAAUAUAACAGCGUAAUAGUUGACUAUAAGGAAAGUUCAUUUAAUAUGACAAGGGGGGAUGAAGAUAUUGAAACUCGAAGCUUGAAAUUUUAGCAGCCCCCUCGCUAGCAGUUCAAUUUUUAGGAGCCCCUCCUUGGUAGUCAAAAAAUUUCAGAGCCCCCAAUUCCUCCUUCAAUUCCUUUGCUCCCCUGAAAAGAUAGCUAGACUGUAUUAAAUAUACAGUCAGUGUAAAACGCAGACUGCGGACUGCAGACUGCGGACCUGGGGUAAAAUGCAGACCGAGCAUAAACUGUAGUCGUAGAAGGGUUUAAGGGCAAAAAAUCCCGCAAAUACAUGUAUUAAAGGAACACUUACUUGACGACAUCUGCUUGCACAAAUCCAUUCAGGACUUUCUUCUCUAGAACGUCGUCGACGACCCAAAAACAUAAUCGCAAUCUUGAAGCUUUUUUUUUUCGUCCGAGAGACCUUACGCUUCAACUUUAGACGCGAAGUUUUCGAUACAAGUGACCAGGGACCGUGAAUUAGUACAACACCACGAUGUUUACGCUUAAAUGAAAGCUGCUGAACCAAAAUACUGUACAGGAAGAAUUAUGGCGAUAAAAAGGGAGUAAAUCAUUCCAACAACAAAGAAAGAUGUUCUGCAAGAAAUUUUGAUGACCUUUAUGAAAGUAUUGCAAAUCAAGGUACACAGACUUAAGCUGUUCGGAUGUUCAUAGAAACUUCUAGGAAUGUGCAAUGCACUUCGACUGGGAAGUGAAGUGUUUAACUGAUACCGGCUAGCUAUUUCACAGAUUUGGAGAAGAAGGAGCACAAAUGUUUAAAAAAGUCUACAGUCUUUAUUCUGCAUUUUAUCCCAGUUUGCGUUUUACUCUCAGUCUGCAGUCUCCAUUUUACACUCAGUCUGCAUUUUACCCUGGUCCGCAGUCCGCAGUCUACGUUUUACACUGACCGAUUAAAUAUAUUUACGUUAUUGUCUUCAAUGGUUUAUACUAUGACAAACUUGAGAUACAGUUGUGUUACAAUUUUCUAAAGCAUUUUUGGGAUGAACAAGAGUGUAAUAAUUACUGAGACUACAUUAUUUUGUUGUAUCUGUAAACCACGUGAUAUAGCUGAGUUGCACAGGUCAUUAAAUUGUUGAGUUGAAAACCAUCCGAUCUGUAUGAUGAUGUCAUGUGUUGGUUUUGAAGUAUACAAAUUUUCGGACCCCCCCCCCCUCCUAGCACAACAAUUUUUUCAGAGCCCCCCCUUUGGGUGUCUAAAAAUUUUCGGAGCCCCCCCUCAAUAUCUUCAUCCCCCCCCCCCUUGUCAUAUUAAAUGAUCUUUCCCUAAGGACGGACCAUUAGAAAAUUGAUGGGUGGGGAUGGGGAAAAAUAAAAAAAAAAUCAUGCAAGCCAAAAUGCCCGAAAAAAAAUUCAUGCAAACCGAAACUGACGGAAAAAAAUCAUUCUUGCAGAAGGAAACUGUUGAUCUCCAAGGUAAAAUGUUUAAGAAUUGUACAGCGAAGUGAAGACAGCAAAUGUUUUCCAGAAUACUUUAAAAAUAGUGUUUCUGAGGUGCUGGAAAUCAAAUUUUCUCCGGGGGAGCAUGCCCCUGGACCCCCCUAGUUGUUAUGUUUGGACAACAUCAACUCAAAAUCACUGGAAUAUGGUCCACAACCAGUAACAAAAUAAUUCACCGGCAUUAUGACGGUAUUUUUGAUUUACUUUGAUUUUAGGAAGUUUACCUAUAAAGCACUAUGUGCGAUGUGAACAUAGUAAAUCACUCACAACACAUUUACUAACUGAAAGCGGUUUAUUUAUAUUCACCUUUAUUUGCGAGGCUCGCUCGCUGUGUCCGCGUGAAAAUACUGCUACGAUGAAAAUAUCCAUCUUUGCAGUGUAUAUCUUGCCAGCAGUGUUCCUAUAACAAUAAAAAGGUACAUGUACCUUUUUCGAGGUAGGAUAGGUUAUAAACAAAAACGCGAAAAAGGUACCUUUUAAUUGUAUGAAAAGUGCCAAAAAACUUCAAGGUAACUUACUAGCGGUUUUAUAACAUAUCCUCCAUGUUUUAGAGUUUUGCUUUUUUCUUUCUCUUUCUCACGGGCGGUACCUCGCACGGGUAAGGUGUCCCGUUAGCACAGGCCCUUUUCGGAUAGCUAUUUUAUUUGAAAUACCCAAUACAGCUUUUAAAAUAAAAAUAAUAAAACCUGUCUUAUUAUAUUUUUUUCUGUACUUCAGAUUGAUAAAUCAUCAGUCUUAAUGAUGUCAGAUAAGCAGCUAGAAGAAUUAGGUGUCAAGGCAAUGGGCGACCGACUACGUAUUCGAGCAUUUUGUGAAAGAAAGUCGAAAACAACAGUCGAACAGAAGAAGCGACAAGACGCCGUUGACAAGCUGAAAAGCAUGCUUGGCCAUCAAAGGGCCUCCAAAAGGAGUCACGGGCGCGAAUCGUUCGAGAAAAAGGAAAAGAAAAUGGCCAAAACAGCUGUUAAAUUCGAAUUUGGUUGGAAGCACUGGUGUACAAGAACUGAAACAUUUAGACAAAAGAAAAAGGGAAGCGGAGGCGGAACCAGGGUUGUAGACAUACCUAAGGUUGCAAGUGCCGACGAGUGCUUGGGAAUAGCAAAAGAAUUAUUCUUUCCACUGGGUGUCAGUCCCGAAGGAUCGCAGGAUGAAAUGGAUUUGUCCCUUGGUGAUUUUAAUGGUUGUGGUGUUACUGACGUUAGGGUCGAUGGCGAGUUGCUCCCUUUUACUGCCGAGCGAUACAAGGCAGCGACCGGCUUUACCAAGCCUCGAUUGUACCUGUUGUCCAAAGAAAAGCUGCCAUACGACUCUGGCGAUGAAAAAGAUUUGCUUCGCGCUAUGAUACCUUCGCGUGAUGCUUCUGAGGGUGGAAAUGGCUCGUCGCAGCUCAUUGGCACAUCGAAAGAGAGAGAAGAGUAUCGUAAUAAGCUUGCUCUGGAAGUAGCCGCUUCACUUAAGCAAGACCAAGCGAAAGAUGCAAUUAACAAAGAGAUCGUUAGAGCACAAGAAGAAGGAGCCCAGUUAGAAAGGUUGCGGCGAUCACGUUCAAAGCGAGUCUUACCAGAGGCGGAAGAAGACGGAAGUUUUCUACUUGUUAGAGUCAGACACACCAGCCUUGGUAUAGUUACCAGACGCUUCCCAGUUGAUGCAGCGAUGUGGAAUGUGUACGACUGGAUAGGGUCACUGAGCUGCACUCCUAAGUACUUCUCCCUCUCAAAGGAGCCUAAAGUGCCAAUAUCUCCUGCUGAAGGUGUGCAGAUCAGCCAUUCGCACCUUCUUACCAUGACUGUGGAAGACGAUCCGUUACCCUUAAUCGAAGAUGACGGCGAAGUUGCGUUCCACGGAUACCAUCUGGGUGAUGAAACGCUGGGGGACACCUUAACAGACGAAACCGAAGAUACCAAUGUUACUCAUGGAAAUUUAAAUAAUACUGGAGACCAAUUCCAGGAGUCUGACAAAGCUGACCAAGGAGAUGAACAUAGUUUGGCCGAAGUAAACGACCAGACUUACCAAGUGGCGCGGGUUGAACCUGAUUUGCCAGAGGUAUUCAUGGAGGGAGACGAAAGCGUGGAAGUCGAAGCACAUUUCCACACCUUACAAGCCCGAAGAGGGGAAGAAGAGUUACAAAGGUACCACAUAACUGUGGAUAAAAACAAUGUUGUUAAACAGCUCCUCGAGAUGUACCGUGAAGACGAAGCAAUUUCAAGCAAAAAGUUAGUGGUCUCCUUCGAAGGUGAACAGGCAAAUGGUGAUGGGCUUCUACGAGAACUCUAUUCCCUUUUCUUGGGAAUCGUUCUUCUCACAAUAUUGCGAGGGCAGUAAUCAGUACACCCUUUGCGUUUCGCCUAAUCUUUUGGAGGAAGACUUCGUCGCACUCGGACGCCUCAUAACUCACAUGUUUAUUCAGUGUGGAACAUUCCCCGUAAAAUUAGUAAAGGCGUCAAUGUAUCAGGCGCUUUUUAAAGAGGUGUCCGAUGAGAUCAUCCUAGAAUCAUUCCUUCGCCUACUGCCGCCUGUAGAAAUGAAACUGCUGUCUGAUGUUCUCGAGGGCAAGAUAGCGUUAUCGUCUGUUCAAGAUGAAGUAAUGGAUAUUUUUGACGAAUACCAUCAAAGAACCCCGCCAACAGCAUCCAACUUACAGGAAACCCUUGUCAAGAUUGGAACUUCCGAGUUUGUCACCAAACUGUUUUUGCCGCUCUUGAAAAUCAGAGAAGGAAUGGGUAAUUUCUGGGACACCGUAACCGAAGAGGAAAUAGAUUCUAUCUACGAGCUCUGCACCCCUUCGCCC